AUGACAGAUACUUCUGUGGUCACAAAAAGCGGAUGUGAAAUAUACUGUGCACAGAUCAAUCUUGCUUUGAGUACUUGUCGAAGUACGCAAGAACACUAUUUCAGAUCUAAACUCAGCGAUACUAGUAAACAAACCAUGUGGUUCAAGUCCGCACGACCUGCAGCAUUUGUGGCAUCAGUCUUGGCGUACGGAGUGGUGAAUAAAGGUUUGCUCCAGUACACAGACUCUAUCGAAGAGAAUGUUGAAAAGCCGCUAGGCUUGGAAGCCAAGAAGGCGAAAGCUCGGCAAGCCAUACAACGUCAAAUGGUAAGUAUGUGA